AUGAUCUUUUGUUCUCGUGUUAUUCUAUUAAUAAUUCACCAGAAAUCGAAGUGGUCUGUUGUUAAUCGUCUUAAACAACCAUGCCGUUUUUUUGGUGGAAUGGAUACAUCACCAUCUAAUGUGAUGAGAAAUGCUCAAGUUCAAACAAUAUACUCAGACACACUUAGUAUACCUAAUCAAGGUCGAUUAGAAGUUCGAUGUCCAUUUAAUCUUCAUGUGGCACCAAUUCAUCCAACAGAUUUUCCAAGACUUGAUAAAGCUUUCUUUACUAUUUAUGGUGACAGUGGUUUUAAAUUUUCAAAAGAAACAUGGAAUAAAUUAUUUAAAUUUUCCACUGUGUUUAAUGCUGAUAGUCGAACACUUCAUGUUAUUGGUGGUUUCACUGAAUCAGGUGAAAAAGAAUUAGGUGAAGAAGCUCAUACAUUGGAAGUUUAUUGUCAAAUUCCUCCACAUUAUGAACUCGAUAUUAAUUGUAUGGAUAAUAAUAAUGUUAAUGCUGAACAUCUUCAAAGUCCUCGUGUUCAUAUUCAAACAAAACGUGGUGAAUGUUCCCUAAAAAAUAUAAUUGCAGACAGUAUUGUUGUACACAGUCAAGCAGGAGAUAUAAAAUGUUUUGGUUCAUUACAUGGAACAAUCGAUUUAAGCACGGAAAGAGAGGGUAUAAUACAAGCAUCUAAAUUACAAGGCGGUUUUAUUCGUUUAAAAGUUGAAAAUUCUGAUAUUCGUGUAAAAAGUAUUUAUGCCGAACAUUUUUUUAUUCAAGGACAACAUGGACACUUUAGGGUGGGAAACUUACAUGGCCAUGGAAUCGUGGAUUUGAAUAGAGGUUCAAUAAAAAUCGGAUCCAUUGAUGGUGAUGUGAGUCUUCAAUGUGAAAAAGGUGAUGUAAAGGCUUUUUUUUCAUCGACGGAUUUAUCAACAAUACGAGCUCAAGAAGGUGAUGUUGAUUUAGGUAUUAUUGAAACGACAGGCAUUCAAUUAAACCUUGUUGGUAAACGCGUUCAAGUAGAAGAACAGACAGAACACUUUCAUAUGGAAACAAUAAGAAAAGCAGGCAUUGUUCAAGUACAAGGUUAUAUAUCCGAUGAAUCAGCUCGCGCAUCGAUUGAUGUUAAUGCACCAAAGGGGACUGUUCAUCUUCAUGUACGAGAUUGGUUUUCCACAUUAAAACUUGACCGACAUCUUGAUCAUUAA